AUUCCUCUAAACCCCCAGCUGCCGUCCUGGUUACUCACUGAGCACGACAGACUGUGAACCGCUCCGUUUAUUAAUAAUUCACCAGCCCUCCGCURCUCCGGCCGCGAUCCACUGCUGCGCCUCUGCGCGCUCUGGACCGCCACAUCACRUUUUCUGGGUUUAUUACACUUUAACAGCCGUUAACUCCAACUAUUUAAUACACUCGUCAUAUGUACAGGGAUUAGCGUAUACAUAUGCGCGUUCUCGUGAAGUCGCCUGGCAUAGUGGUAUGYUCAAGUAUCACCUCUCUCCCAAACUUGCAACAUCUAUGGUGCCAGAUCUGGUACUAGUUGUGGUCUCCUUUAUAUCUCGAGUAAAUAUGGGCAUUGAAGAACAGGUGAAGAAGAACCAAAGGGAAUUCCAUUUUUGUAUUGUUUUUUAUUAGGAGGACCAGAGGAUGAGGAUAACACAGAGUUCCUUUGAGGCACACAGAAGCAACAGCUGAUUUGUGAGCGCGUAAGCAUAGUCUACUUACUGCCGGUCCCUUGCAAAGAGAGACCUCUGCUCUGUUACUUGGGAGCUGACGAMACGCUAGCAUCGUGCACGGAUUUGCCUCGCUGGGUAUUCGGUGAACAGAGCGGACGGAAAGGAUGGCGCACUGACUGGCGACCAGAGCAAGUCCUCACAGCUCCGACAACCGCCGUUCGUGUUCUCAUGGAAGUCCCACGCGUGAAUAGCGGACAUAAACACCCCGAAUGAAGCCGGGAAGUGGUUGACUUGGAUAAGCCGCCUCCCUUCACUUUCUCUGUUGGAGGAGAACAGUAAAACUACAAUUUAAAAAAAUGUUCACCAGGCCACAGGCCGUCCCGUAUUAGGGUUAUUUUGCUUCCGGUAUCAGAAGAAACGACUAGUUUUCUUUCUCCCACAUUUUUUUUGGAAGCUGAACUUUUUAAAAGUUGAAAAUGUGUAUUUGAGACUGUUGGCACAUUUCCCUGCUCCACAAUGGCCACCGAAACCUUUCUGGUGAAUGAAGACCCCUCCAGAGGUCCUGGGAUGCCUGAAUGCUUUGUAGUAUCAGAUUCCUACAGGUAUUGCACUACUCACCUUCUAAACAAUCCAUUAGUGGAUGAAUUUCAUCCCUUCAUCGAGGCCCUUCUCCCCCAUGUCCGUGCCUUCUCCUACACCUGGUUCAACCUGCAGGCKCGCAAACGCAAGUACUUCAAGAAGCACGAGAAGAGGAUGACAAAGGAUGAAGAGCGCGCAGUGAAGGACGAGCUGCUGGGUGAGAAGCCRGAGAUCAAGCAGAAGUGGGCGUCGCGGRUGRUGGCCAAGCUCCGAAAGGACAUCCGGCCCGAGUUCCGUGAGGACUUUGUGCUCACCAUCACAGGCAAGAAGCCCCCCUGUUGUGUUCUCUCCAACCCCGACCAGAAGGGCAAGAUCCGCCGUAUCGACUGUCUCCGCCAGGCCGACAAGGUGUGGCGGCUGGACCUGGUGAUGGUCAUCCUGUUCAAGGGCAGCCCRKUGGAGAGCACGGACGGAGAGCGGCUGGUCAAGUCGCCCCAGUGCUCCAACCACGGCCUGUGCGUCCAGCCCCACCACAUCGGCGUGUCCGUCAAGGAGCUCGACCUCUACCUGGCCUACUUCGUCCACUCACCAGAAUCCGGACAAUCAGACAGCUCAAACCAGCAAGGAGACACAGACAUCAAGCCACCACCCACGGGCACUUUGAGUUUCCAGGACUGCUUUGUGACUUCAGGGGUGUGGAACGUGGCCGAGCUGGUCCGAGUGUCACAAACUCCAGUGGCCACAGCGUCCGGCCCCAACUUCUCCCUGGCCGACCUGGAGAGUCCUGGCUACUACAAUAUCAACCAGGUGGCCCUGGGACGCCGCUCCAUCACRUCCACCCCCUCCACCAGCUCCAACAAGCGCAAGUCCAUUGACGACAGUGAGAUGGAGAGCCCGGUGGACGAUGUCUUCUACUCGGGCCGCUCCCCUGCGGCCGGCAGCAGCUCCCAGUCCAGUGGCUGGCCCAACGAUGUGGACGCAGUGCAGCACCAUUUGGCCAGUGUGCAAGAGAGGAAGAUAAAGCAUGAAAACGAUGGCGUGCAGUUCCCUUACCAUGGACUCUCCUCGCCUGGUUCUCUUAAGAAGCCGGGGAAAUUCGAUUUCAGCGCCCUGUCGCAGCAGACGAGGUCGCCUCGCAUGGCGUUCACCCACCACCCGCUGCCAAUGCUGGCGGGAGUGAGACCAGGGAGCCCCCGUGCCUCAGCCUCUGCCCUGCACUUCCCCUCCCCCUCCAUCAUCCAGCAGUCCAGCCCGUACUUCACCCACCCCACCAUUCGCUACCACCACCAUCCUGGACAGGACCCCCUGAAGGAAUUUGUGCAGUUUGUCUGRGCUGAUGGCUCGGGACAGUCUGGCGGCCAGCCAAACGGGAGCGGCCAGAGCAAAAUGCCGGGCUCCUUCUUGCUGCCUCCACCUCCCCCAGUGGCCCGCCCAGUGCCCCUCCCCAUGUCCGACUCUAAAUCCAGCAGCACGCCUCCCGACGGCGGACUGACCUCGCCCACAUCUCCGUCUUAUUCCACGUCAGGGGCCCCAGCUCCCAACAGGUUUGUCAGCAUCGGAUCACGGGACAACAACUUUCUGAACAUCCCGCAGCAGACACAGUCUUGGUUCCUCUGACAUGACCUGUCUGCAAACCAGCGACUAGAAUCUUUCUUUACAAUUGGGAAUUGAAACAUGGAAAACAGAAAAAUAACCCACAGGAAAUUGCCCAACAAUCCUUAUGUCUCACAUAAAAAGUAAAGCAACCCAGGAAAUCUUAGCAUGAUACUAGUAGAGGAACUCUGGACCCAAUUACCUAAACAGACAGAACCCACCAUUUUUAAGACAGGAGGAUCAUAGGAUUUGGGAGAGGCAGAGGACAAGAAGUCAUCUCUCACAUCCACCGAACCAGCAAAACACGGCAACACAAAAAGAGGAACCUGAAGAGAAAAAAGGUCACCUACUUCGGAACAAGGACACAUUGUGCAAUGGAUGAGAAAAGCAACUGUUCAACAGUCAAAAAAACUGAUGUAGGAGUGGGGAUUGAAAUUGAAGGGACAUCCAAUCACUCUCUUGAAGGCACAAAACACGCCAUCAUUUAAAUGAGGUACGCUCCCCACUGUCAAAUCACCCACAAAACAAACCCAUUAGGUUCCAGUGAAAUACGUAGCAGUCCAUGCUACUGUGAUGUCUCCCUGUCACUCAACACACUGUUAAUUGACCAAUAUUUCCCAGUCUUAUAGCCAUUAACCUAAUCAGCCCCACUACUAACAAGACAGAAACCAUGRCAAAACAUAUCCUAAAGGUUGCACUACAAGCUGAAUUAACACUAAUCUCAUGUCCACUAUUACACCUACAUGGCAUGGGGGGAAAACAGGCUUACCUAUGAUUGUAUUGUUAUUAUUAGUGAAAGAGAAAAAAAACAUGACAUGAAAAGUCUCAGCCUACAGUUCAGCAACACCAAGGCCUCCACUCUAACCAGCAUCCCAGCAGAAGAACCCAAACCCAAGUAAAGCAAAAUGCAAUCGCCCAGUUCACUCUUGCAAAACUACAACUGCGACAAUAAUCAAGUGCUAAGUAUACCCACUUUCAUUUGAAUGAUGAAUGCCAUUUGUAACACACAUAUAUACACACACACACCGGGCCCAAGUGGUGUUAUUACGUCUAUAACACAUGCUAUUCACACGUUUCCAGUACACUCUUUUUGCCCCUUAUAGUAGACACAGAACCCAACACACAUACUUAGUUAAAAACACAGGCCUCUGCAUUAACACCCAGAACUACACAGCUACAGUAGUAAUAUUCCCUUUUGCACAGAAUUGUUUUAUUUUUUGUUUCUUCUCUUAUUGGACUUGUCCCUCUGAAUUUGUCCGCUUUAAAAAAUGUGUUUGAAUGACAGCACCUUAUUGAGAAAUACAGCGGGUGGGAGCGAGACUUCGAGUGGUAUUGCCAGGAAGGGUGAUUCAGUCAGUGUUCAGUACCAUGUAGUGAAACAGUGACAUUAGGUUGCUGAGGACCCAGAGUCCACCUCCCUCCCAUCUCCCUGAAGUUUACCCUUUUUGUUUACACUCCCAGACUGCCCCUGUUCCAAGAGCAGAGAGCCACGCUGCGGAGCAAAAUGAUGAUGUGACAUAUUUGUUCCCAUGUUUGGGGAGGAGAGCCUGGGUUGAAGUCAGAGGCCAUAUUGAGAUGGUCUGGCAGGGUGCUAUGGUCGCCUCUUUACCCUAACACGAUCUCAGCUCCCCAUCCUAUCCAGCCUGUUCGUUCUGUUCAAUCAGCCCUUAUAGAUCAAACUGCCCUAAAGAUACCUUACCAGCCAAAAGUUCAACCUUUUGAAAUCAAGAGGGACAAAUUAAAUGAACACACUUAGCACAGCGCCACUUGACAAACUCACACACUCACAUGCAAACUUACAGUAUAAGUAGCAGUCACAACCACCAAGCCCAGGCCAGAUUGACUGUAAAGGGAAGUCUUAACAUAGGGCAAUCUCUGAGGAAACCUUUUGUUUUUAAUCAUUCACUUUUUAUUUGAAUUCCUAACAUUACUAAGAUUCAGUUUGAAAGUGAUUUUUUAUUAAGGAACAUCAGCUCAAAUCACCAACCUCACAAAAUAACUGGACUGCCUGGCCAUGUACUUCACUGCAGGGAAACAAUGUUGCCAGACGGCAACCAUCUCAUCAGCUUGAUAGAGAACUAGCACUGCUGAAUAAGAAUUAUGAUGGCUAUGGUGAUUUCUUUUCUAAUCUAUGGAAGUGCCUCUGUAUUCCCAUUAUGCAAUUUGUUAAACAUGAAUUCAGGUUCUUUUUCUCACAUAUAAGCUAAUAGUGAAUGGUGGUGAAAUGCUAUGUCUGGGGAGAAAAACAGUGACAGCUCACUGAAUAAUUGCAAUCAUCUUUAUAUAUACACACAUAUAUAUUUAUAGAUAUAUACAUUUUUUUAUUUGCAAAAUAAGCUCUGUGGCAGUCUAGUUAUUUUUUGAAGCAUGGCACAGUCAAUUGAUGCAUCUUAAAUAUCAGAUUAGAGCAAAAGUACCAGUCCCUACACCCACACCUACAUCUAAUAGCAAAAAGUGUCCAUGGCAAAUACUCUAGAUACAUGAUUUAUAUAGCAAACAAAGUGACAUUGUAGUCAAGGAAAAUAACAGAUUAGAUGUUGGUUAUUCUUUCUUGUUUGGGAAGUAUUGUUGUUGAAAAAAAUGUAUGUAUGUUGAUUGAGCCAUGUGCAAUGCCUUGGGUAGAAAAAUUGUGUUUGUCUGUUAGAGAUUGUUUAAGGGUGUCACGAGAAAAGAGGCGCUAAACCCUCUAUUUUUUGUUUUAAGUCCACUUGCUCCGGGACUCUAAACAUGAGGGCAGACAAAAAAAAUCCCAGUCUUUGUAAAUUGAAAAUUAGUAAUUUUUUUCCUUAUUCAUUUAAAAAAAAAAUAUUUGUAAUGAUUUGUUUUCUAAAUCUGGGAGGGCUGAAGGAACAAUUUAGCAAAACAAAAAUAUAUAUCACUAAAUGAAACUGGUGCUUUUUACAAAAUAAAGUACAUUCAAACUCUAUUAUACAUAAAUAGUAAUAAACAAAAUUAAGUGUUAUCAUAAAGAACAUUUUAGGAAACAUGCAUUAUUCUAUUUCUCUUUUUGUAUUUACCAAGGGGGGAGGGGUUCAUUAUAUGAAAAGGUUGUGAUAAAGGCAUUUUUCUUCAACCUUUAUCCCAGAGCAGGAAGAGAACCUUUUUUGAGUUUGAUUAGAUGUUUAUCCUGACAAUGGGAUGAUGAACUAGUGGAAAAAGGCAUGACGUAAUGGACAUCUGGGCCAUGUCAGUAUCACCAGAGAACUGACUAAAACAUGACCUAUUUAACAGAUGAAUUGCAACUUUCAUCCAAUUUUCUAAGCUGUGGACAUGUUUAAAACUUGAUUACUUCGGUUGGCCAGUUUGGGACACAGACAAGAUCUUCCCCAUUUUGGGAGAUGCAUCAGAAAUGGAAUCCAUUUUUCUAAGUGUUAGCUCAACCACAAAGUGAUUAACAGCGUUUGGAGAGAUGGGAGGUGUAAUGUGAAAUACAUUUUGGUAGGUUUAGUUGAUUAGUAGACUCCUAUCUCAAACCCAAACAAGAGGUGYGGGAGUYUAAGGUYUAUUUUGAGCACAGAAAGGAUGAGAGCAGGUUUAAAUCAAAGUGAACCCUUCCCRCUUCCACUCCCAAUCCGCAGUGUAAAUUAUUCUAAAUAUUUGUUUGGUGAUGUAGUGUUAGAAUCAGAGCAUCUUAAAGGUUGUCCCUAAAAAGUGCCUUUUGUUCACAGACUCCAUCUUGUAAUCCUGAGUGCCCGUCUCAAAAAAGUCCCCUCCUUCAUAUUUCUUCUAUAUCCUCUCCUUCUUCACGCUUUUCAAAGCAGUAUAUAUAGUACUAAAGGAAAUUGGUGUGAUUUAGUUAUUUUUAUUGUUGAAUAAUUAAGAAAAGCAACAACAACAAAAAAAUCUGUCUUGCUUCUCUUCCUGUAUCUUGUCUUCUGUCUCUCUUGGACACUGGAGUAGUCUGUAGCUGCGUUACGCUCACCUUAUCCCUCCCCAAACCCCUUUUCUCUGAAUGGAGGGGUAAAAAAAAGCAAAACUUUGUCUGAGCAGAAUGCAGUUAGCUCACAUGUUAUUCUUGUCCGUACGCUUCACAUUGUAUACCAUACCGAUCUCUUCAGCUUCUCCAUUGAACAGCUAAUGUAAGUGAACAAGUUACACCGGUGGGCUCUUGGGAUGUGGCGAGGAGAGGGUCUGUGAGGGUGUCUAGUUUUUCACUGGGAUGUAUUUGAUGACAUAUCACAACGUGGAGAUAAAAUACACAUAGGAAUUUCCCUCUGAAUGGGCAAGGGAGCUGCAUGGCAACUGGGGUAGAAUAGGCAGGUUUUUAAUUCAUGUUUUUAUCAAAUAUUUUUAUUUUUUACAGAAUUUGGAUUUUCGUAUCUUAUGCAGCAAUGCUACAUUGAGACCAUUUAAUGAUGCACCUUUCUAGUGGUUGUCUGAGACCAGCUAUUAAAACAAGUGAAAAAAGUACCUGAAAUGACUAAGCACCUUAUAACGGAAUGGUUCCAGCCCAGGUAGACUGGCAGGCUCAGAUCCACAAUCAAGAGAACCAUUACACCCAUUUACUAGAACCCCAAAUGAACAAUUACAGACUAAAGUCAUAUGGUUCUAUACACUGUAUGUGACGUGGUAGACAGUUAAAGCACCUUGAAAUUCCACCAGCAAAAUCAAGAGCGGGCUUGAUAGAGGGCCUACUUGUUUCCCACAAGAAUAUGCACGUUUUUAUUGUAAGUGAUUGAAGCCAGCAGCAGUAUUAGCCUUGACAAGUAAAGCGCCAGUCGAGAAGCCAGAGUGACAGGUUUCGCAGUGUGUGCUUUGCUUGGGCAGAACGUUGGUAGAACGUUGGUCCCUACCCAUCUUGCCCUGCAGCACCAGAGAGCUGUCUCUCCCUGGCCCUCCAUCUUUUUAUUUUCCUUCGGGUUUGUUUUUAAAAGUGUGUAGGGCCGUGUUUAGUGUUGUGUAGAGUGAACCCCCAGCUGGCCUUGCCCCCCACCCCCCUCAGUGCAGCUUCCCUCCCUCAGGAAUACACCUCCCAGAGCCCAUGGUGAAAUGCAUGUGUUAAGUUUCUUUUCCAUAAUAAUAAAAACAGUUUGAAAAGAGCAACACUUGAAUAAAAGGAUGUUCUUGACUGUAA